AAAAAGCAGAGCUCUCAUUGGCUAUUACUUAUCGCAUCCAGUGUGCGAGAACCACAAGUCUCCUCUUAUUCAACGAAGGGGAAUUCCCGCGAACCUAUUUUCCCUGUCUUUCUUUGUGUACUUUUUGUUUAUGCGUCUCGCACAAUAGGUUAUGUACAUCAUCCGAGGUGCGAAGGAGUUUUAGAUUAUCAUUACUUAAAAGAAGAAAAGUAAAUUGAGAUUUUUGUUAAAAUCAGAUACUAAAAUAACUCAGAUUUGUUUCGUUAUAGACAGGAGAACAGACACAGUAUGAAACUUACCACAGCGAACACAAUACAUUUUUUCAGUCAACGUAUAACGUAUUAUAAUGGACAAUGGUAUUGUUAUCAAUGUAAAACUACAUUCCAAAAUUUGGAGGAAGCGCAACAUCAUUCGAAAAAUGAUCACUCGAGUCAAACGGAAACGUCUGAUUUUAUAGACAAAUCUAUUAUUAAAAUAUUAGCAAAUAAAAAAUACAAAUCCUUAUUAAAACAGGGUCUAAUAAUAAGAGAUGUUCAACAGGAUUACGUUUGCGUAUCUUGCCAAUCUUCAGUAUCUACUCUUGAUGAUUUUUGGGAACACUCAAAAGAAGAAAAUCACCAAAAAUCUGCAAAUGACAUAUUAAAAAGUUCUACAAAAGAACGAGACACGAACGGCAAAAUAAAUAGUAUUCAAAGUGAUGGUCCUGUUAAUAAAGAAAAAUCAGCGGAACAUAAAAACAAAUCAAAUCUUUUGGCAAAAGUACAGCCGAUCUAUGAGAACAAAUUAACGAUAGACCACUCGAACAAUUCUACGCAAAUGACAAACUACCAAACUAUUGCAAGUGUGCCUUACGCUCUGAUGCAGGAGAGGCAAGCGUAUAAACAGUUCGUAAUGCAACAAACAUUACAUUAUGGACAAUGGUAUUGUCACUGGUGUAAAUGUACGUUUCAAAGCUUGGCAGAUGUAACGUGUCAUUUACAUAAAAUUCAUCCCGACAUCGGCAAUCAAAUAACAAAUUUCAAUAAGUUUAAUAAUUUUACAUUGUUAGACACGAAUUACAGGAAGUUAUUGAAUAAUGAAAUAGCAAAACAAAAUUACUUUUGCAUACCAUGCCAGUGCUCCCUACCAUCCAUAGAUCAUUUUCAUGAGCAUUCAAUGGGGAAGAGACAUACACACAUGAUCAGUAAGAAAAAAUAUAUAGAUGCUAAUAUCAUAUCAGAAAAUCUUGCAAAUAAACAAGAAGCUUUAAAUAAUGAAACAGAAUCUAAAAUUUACGAUCAAGCUGUUUCUCUCAAUGUCGCUAAAAAUUAUUUAAUCAGAGAUCUUCCAAGCAACUGUAAGGCAAAAAAGGAAAAUAUAGUUUCUUCUGAAUCCUAUAGCAAAGACAGUACUAGUGAUAAUCUACAAAUUGAAAAAUAUAUUUAUAAGGCUUUUUGUUGUUUAUGCGAUGUGUUUAUCUUUAACACUGUUAUAAAAAAUCAUGUAAUAAUUGAGACGCAUGCAUUUAUUGCAUCUCAACUAGAAAUCUCCAGUAAGCAAACAAUGUGCAUUAUGAAAAUAGAAGAGGAGAGAAACACUAUUAAGGUAAACGGUAAAUACUUAGACGGAAUAAUAUGGCCAAAAUACACGUCAACGGCAACAAAAUACAUUUGUGAUCAAUGUAAUAAGACAAUCGAAGAGAAUGAUGUAAUAAAUCACGAGAGAACAGUACAUGAAAAUAGUAUGAUAUCGUCGAUGAAAUUCAUUUGUAAUUGGCCAUUGAUUGGAGAUUUUAAUAUUGCUAUUUAUUAUCCACUGUUUAAGUGCUCGUUCUGCAAUGAAAUAAUACAUGGUGUAUUAUCGUUGUCAAUGCAUUUUUCGAAAUCUAAGCACAAAGAAAAUAUUAAAUUAAUGAUUGACAUUAAAAGACAGCAUGAUAGUUACAAAAACGUACAAAUAUAUUUGGAGCCUAUUGAAUGUUUAAGUCUAAUCUCUUUCGAAAAUAAUGGCAGAAUUGUUCAAGUUAAAGAACAACCUGUAAUGUAUAUAAAAAAUCAUUGUACAACUUUCAGCAAAAACAUUUUAUUCGAUAAAUUAAUUUACAUUUGCUUUGCUUGUCAAUAUACGUGUUAUAAAACUAACGAUAUAAUUCAACAUUUAUGUAAUAAAAAACAUUUACAAGACUUUAAAAAUAUUUUUCUCACAUAUAAUUAUAUACAUAAUAUAUCUACAUCAAAAAAACAUAAUGUAAAUAAAGCACACGAAGUAAAAUCUUUAGUUUCUAAAGAUGCGUCAAUUAGCGAUGGAUCAUCGAACUAUAAUAUUAACAAAACACAAGUAAAUACAAAACAACAUUGUAAUCGUAAUUUGAUGGGUGCAAUAAAUGCUGAUAACAAAAGUGACAGAUCGCGUCAAAAUAAAAACAAUUUUGGUUUUUUUAUAUCUAGCGAUAUAUUCGCGGAAAUUAAUAAAUUAAUGGUACCAAUAAAGUUGGAUACAGAUUUCAAUAAAAAGAAGGAAAACAUUCCAAAUCAAACACAUAAAAACUAUAAUCAAAUGUAUAAAAGAGAAUUUCUCGACUUUGAGGACAUCAUGUUUACCUGCAAUCAAAAGAGGCUAAAUGAGAUUAAAUUGAAUCUACAAUUUUUCUUAUUACGUGACGAUAAAAUGCUUUGUCUUUUAUGUAACAAUUUGCAUGCACACGAUGCACAGACAAUAUAUGAACACAUAAAUACUGACAUACAUACUGCAAGACUACAUAAGAACAGUAUCGAACAUACUGAACUAUUAAAGGAGUUAAUAAAAGUACAAUCUCACGAACAUGCUAAAUGUUUUGCCUGCAAUAUUGAUGUGUGUGCAGAUUCGCACAAACAUAGAACGUCUGCACCUGGACAAUACGUUCCAAAUUAUAAAGAUCAUAUUACACAUUCCGUACACAAAACCAAUCGCAAUAUGAUGCAUGUCCGGGUUGAACAAAUAUUGAAAGAAUUUCAAGAUUUGUGGUACAGUAUUCAGUAUUUCGCUUGCGUCGAGUGCAAAGUGAGAAUCAAAACAAAGAUACAAUUUAUGAAACAUCUUAGCGCCGUACACUCUGCAGUCCUGAAAAACAAGGACAAUUCGAUGUUUGAAUUCUGUUUGACGUGUGCCACUUUAUGGUACAAAACAGAAAAAUAUGGUAUUAACAUUCGUCAAAAUUAUCAAGUACACUGUCAGCAAUCGACGCAUAAGUAUUUAAAGAAAAAUAAUGAUUUUGACAUAUCGCUGCCUCUGAAGGAUUUGCUGAGUAAGGUCAACGAAACUACUGCUAAUUUGUUUAAGUUGUCGAACGACGUAUUAAAUGAUCCGAAAGUAAUUCAACUCACGAAUGCAUUAACGCAUAUCUUUAAAACACAUCGAUUACCUGUAGAAGUGUAUAUAUUCGGCUCAAGGAUCACUGGCUUAGCAUUGCCAGAUAGUGACAUUGAUAUAUAUCUUAACUUUGGUGGCGAAUGUACCGAUCCUAAAUUAAUUAAAAACAGAAGUAAGCAAAUUCAAGACUGUCUACGUACCGACAAAAACUGGGACAUUGAAUUAACUUUGGACACGAGUAGAACACCUAUAAUAAAAGUAAAACAUAGAUUAACGGGACUCUAUUGUGAUCUCUCGUUUAUAAAUGGUCUGUCUGUGGAAAAUUCUAAGUUUAUUAGGUUUUUCAACAUGGCAUGUCCACUGUGCCACAAGUUAACACUCUUUCUGAAAAAGUGGCUUUUGCUGAAAGGUUUGACCGGCCCUGAUGGAAUAACGAAUUAUACCCUUACCUGGCUAGUCAUCUUUUAUUUCCAAGUCAAAUUUCAAAUACCGACUAUUGCUACCUUAAUAAAAAGUUAUAAUCGAUUGAAAAUCGUUUCUAAUUGGGAAACUGAAGUUAAGAAUACUAUUCUUAUUAAUGUACCCAAGAUAUCAAUCGAGAAAUUGCUGUCGGGAUUUUUCAACUAUUACAGAAAAUUCGACUACAAACAAUUUGUAAUAUGUCCGUUAUUAGGCCAGGUAUGCUGCAAGAGAUCUUUUACGGAAGUAUCGACUUUACCUGAAUGUAUGGUCUUGUACGUUGCACAAUUGCAGAAUGAACAAUGUGAAUAUUUUCGUAUUGACUCGCCUAUGUGUGUGCAAGAUCCAUUUGAUCUCUCACACAACUUAACAAAGGCUGUACAAAUUAUAACUCUUAAACGCUUUAAAGAUUAUUGUGACACAAGUUUUUCAAUGUUACAUCAGAUUACGACUUCGCUAAAACAAAAUUAUAAAAAUUUAUAAUUGUUGGUUUUUGAAGCGAGUUUUUCUUGAUAACAAUUAUUUUUAUUAAUUUGGACUUUUGGACGAUACAUUAAUAAUCUAUUAUUUGCUAAUAAAACCAAUAGUUUUAUUAGUUUUAUUAGCAAAACAUAGUAUAAUAAGAUUAUGUUAUAUAUGUAGCAGUAUUCUGAUAAUCUAUAUAUAAUGUUUGCGAUAUACAUUGUAAUGAUGAUAAGUGUAUUCCAUUUUCUAUUGCUAUAUAUUUUAUAUUCUUUAAUAUUCUAUAAUACAUAUUCUAUAAUACAAUAUUCUAUAAUACUUUAAGAAAUAAUAUUCGAAUUGUCAACAUAAACCAGAACCUAAAAAUCUUUCCUAGGAUUUCUACAUCAGUUGCUGAACAGUCGUCAGUGAAUGAUUGUUUAAGAAGAAUAUUAAAAUAAUAAAAUGCAAAUUAAUUGAUAAUUUUUAAUCUAAUUUUUGUAUAAAUUUGAUUAAGAUAUAAUCUUUUAUUCGAACAAAAUAUAAUUAUUUUUUCUUGUUUACUGAUUGAGAUGCAAUAACUCUGUAUUUAAUCAUUUUUUCUGUACUUGCCCAAAGAUGAAAAAAAAAA